UUUUGUUGUCCGCCAUUGUUGCAAAAACAUUUUUUGUAUUAGCGCUUCACAAGUGUGGGUAAAAGCAGCGAUUUUGCGGACCGCGGCGGUGGAUCCCUUCUCGAACGAGCAAGCCGCAGACAUCCAGCGUUAACCAUGGCCGACAAGAUCGACAUGUCCUUGGACGACAUCAUCAAGAUGAACCGCAGCCAAUUCCGGACCACUCGAGGCCGUGGCAGAGGCCGCGGUCGAGGCGGCGUCGCUGGACGCGGCGGGGCACGUGGAUUUGGAGGAGCCGUUCGAAGGGGCACACUCAGAGGACGCGCCCGUCAACAGCCCUAUGCAAGGAGCUUCACACAAGCCAAAGAGCUUCCAGACCGGUGGCAACACGACAUGUAUGACGGAGUGGGCGGCCGACGUGCUGUGACUGGCGGCCUCGGAGGUGCUGGCAUGGGCCCCUCCAAGCUGCUAGUCUCCAAUCUGGACUACGGGGUGUCCGACGCUGACAUCAAGGAGUUGUUCGCUGAGUUUGGACCUCUGAGGAAGGCGGCUGUGCAUUACGACCGUUCGGGCCGUUCGCUGGGCACUGCAGAUGUUGUCUUCGAACGACGCACAGACGCCGUUCGGGCAAUGAAGCAGUACAACGGCGUGCCACUCGAUGGCCGACCCAUGAACAUCCAGCUGGUCACUUCAGCAGUCGGUGCCGCUGCACUCUCUCCGGCGUCACGGCUCGGCUAUGCAGCCACAGGAGGCGGUGGAGCAGCUUCACAGCGUCCUCGUGGAGGUUUCCGGGGUCGUGGCAGGGGCAGAGGCGGCCGAGGGGGCAACGUCCAACGCAAGGUUCCGACCGCGGAAGAACUGGACGCAGAGCUCGACGCAUACGUAAACAAGAUGGAGUAGAGAGGCACCCUUCCUCGAAGCACAUCCCGAUCCUUGCGUCAUGACGACCAUUUCGUGUGCUUAGUCGAAGAGCUGGACUUUCAUCUUUUUGUUUUGCGGCUCACUCAUCGUGCAAGGAGUUUAAUAGCAUUCUUUGAAAAGGCAGCAUGACGAGUGACUGAAGUGCAGUUGUGUAGUUGCCGUGGAGACACAUCAUCGCCUCCGUUAGGCAGAAUUGCGCUUUGUUUACUUCUCGUGCUCCCAGCGAGUUAGAUGGCGACCCACCAAUCCUGGACUUCAGAGAUGAAAAGUGACUGCCUACAGUGGCAGUUUUUGUUUGUUUGUUUUAUGUAAAGAAAAACAAAGCUUGUUCUAUUUCAUAACUUCAUGUGUAUCACCUCAUAGUGUCAUUAAUCUGAAGCAGCCAUCAAUGGACACUUCUCAUUGAUCAUGUGUGCAGUAUAGUGUGGGGGAAUUCUUGAAGCUGUGCACGCACAACAAUGAAUUUUUACCUUUUGAAGUUCAUUAGACCUCGUUUCCUCUGUGAGCCUUCAAGAAAUAAAUUUUUUUCUGAAGAUUACAA